UCGGGGCGGUGGCCGCCAGACCUGCAGACAGGGUGGCCAAUCCGGCGUGCACCCGGGAUGUCUGGGCCGGGUGGCUCCGGGGGCCCGAUCGGGGCCGGGGCCCUGGCAGGUGGGGCGCGCUCCAAGGUAGCUCCGAGUGUGGACUUUGACCACAGCUGCUCAGACAGUGUCGAAUACCUGACGCUCAACUUCGGGCCCUUCGAAACAGUUCAUCGGUGGCGGCGCCUCCCGCCCUGCGACGAGUUCGUGGGUGCCCGGCGCAGCAAGCACACAGUGGUGGCCUAUAAAGAUGCCAUCUAUGUAUUUGGUGGGGACAACGGGAAGACGAUGCUCAAUGACCUCCUGCGUUUCGAUGUGAAGGACUGCUCCUGGUGCAGGGCCUUUACCACUGGCACCCCACCAGCCCCUCGAUACCACCACUCAGCUGUUGUCUAUGGGAGCAGCAUGUUUGUUUUUGGGGGCUACACUGGAGACAUUUAUUCCAAUUCUAACUUGAAGAAUAAAAAUGACCUCUUUGAAUAUAAGUUUGCAACUGGCCAGUGGACAGAGUGGAAAAUUGAAGGACGGUUGCCAGUUGCCAGGUCAGCUCAUGGGGCCACGGUGUACAGUGACAAGCUGUGGAUCUUCGCUGGCUAUGAUGGCAAUGCCAGGUUGAAUGACAUGUGGACGAUUGGCCUCCAGGAUCGGGAACUCACGUGCUGGGAGGAGGUGGCCCAGAGUGGUGAGAUCCCACCGUCUUGCUGCAACUUCCCUGUGGCUGUGUGCCGAGACAAGAUGUUUGUAUUCUCAGGACAGAGUGGAGCCAAGAUAACCAACAACCUCUUCCAGUUUGAAUUCAAGGAUAAGACGUGGACACGUAUCCCCACUGAACACCUGCUCCGGGGCUCCCCGCCGCCCCCACAGCGGCGCUAUGGACACACCAUGGUGGCCUUUGACCGCCACCUGUAUGUGUUUGGGGGUGCAGCUGACAACACUCUUCCCAAUGAACUGCAUUGCUACGAUGUGGACUUCCAGACCUGGGAGGUUGUCCAGCCUAGCUCUGACAGUGAGCAUGCUCUGGCAGGGAUGACAGCCUACCCAGCCCUUGCUGACUGGUCACAUGCCCACGUUUCUCCCCACCAGGUUGGUGGGGCUGAGGUGCCGGAGCGAGCUUCCACUUCCGAGGAAGCACCCACCCUGACCUCUGAGGAGCGGGGUAGCUUCAAGAAGUCCCGGGAUGUGUUUGGCUUGGAUUUUGGUACUACCUUACCUAAGCAGCCCAGCCAGCCAGCCUCAGAGCUGCCCAGCGGGAGGCUCUUCCAUGCAGCUGCUGUCAUUUCUGAUGCCAUGUACAUCUUUGGGGGCACCGUGGACAACAACAUCCGCAGUGGGGAGAUGUACAGGUUCCAGUUCUCCUGUUAUCCUAAGUGCACGCUGCAUGAAGACUAUGGGCGGCUGUGGGAGAGCCGCCAGUUCUGUGAUGUGGAGUUCGUGCUGGGUGAGAAGGAAGAGUGUGUGCAAGGCCACGUGGCCAUUGUCACGGCAAGGAGCCGCUGGCUCCGCAGGAAGAUCAUGCAGGCACGUGAGCGAUUGGCUCAGAAGCUAGAGGAGGAGGCAGCCCCUGCUCCCAGGGAGGUUCCUAGUGGAACACGGCUGCCCCUGCUGCGUGUGGCCAUUCGGGAGGCUGAGGCCCGACCCUUUGAGGUGCUCAUGCUGUUUCUGUACACCGACAAGAUCAAGUACCCAAGGAAAGGCCAUGUGGAGGAUGUGCUGCUCAUCAUGGAUGUGUACAAGUUGGCGCUAAGCUUCCAGUUGUGCCGCCUGGAACAGUUGUGUCGGCAAUACAUUGAGGCUUCUGUGGACCUGCAGAAUGUACUGGUUGUGUGUGAGAGCGCUGCGAAACUGCAGCUGGGACAGCUCAAGGAACACUGCCUGAACUUCGUGGUGAAGGAGUCCCACUUCAACCAGGUGAUCAUGAUGAAGGAAUUUGAGCGCCUCUCAUCCCCACUGAUAGUGGAGAUUGUAAGGCGGAAGCAACAGCCACCCCCUCGCACCUCCUCAGACCAGCCCAUGGACAUUGGCACAUCUCUGAUCCAGGACAUGAAAGCAUACCUGGAGGGGGCAGGUGCAGAAUUCUGUGACAUCACUCUACUGCUAGAUGGGCAUCCACGGCCAGCUCACAAGGCCAUCCUGGCAGCCCGCUCUAGCUACUUUGAGGCCAUGUUCCGGUCCUUCAUGCCUGAGGAUGGGCAGGUGAACAUCUCCAUUGGGGAGAUGGUGCCCAGCAGGCAGGCCUUUGAGUCCAUGCUGCGCUACAUCUACUAUGGAGAAGUCAACAUGCCGCCUGAGGACUCCCUCUACCUUUUUGCUGCCCCCUACUACUAUGGCUUCUACAACAAUCGGCUGCAGGCAUACUGCAAGCAGAACCUGGAGAUGAAUGUGACUGUGCAGAAUGUGCUGCAGAUCCUGGAGGCCGCUGACAAGACACAGGCACUGGACAUGAAGCGGCACUGCCUCCAUAUCAUUGUGCACCAGUUCACCAAGGUCUCCAAGUUACCCACACUGCGGUCACUGAGUCAGCAGUUGCUGCUGGACAUCAUAGACUCUCUGGCCUCACACAUCUCUGACAAGCAGUGUGCAGAGCUGGGUGCUGACAUUUGAGAGCACCAUUGAUAUCAAACCAGCAUGGAAAAUGAUGCCAGAUUGGUUGGCCCACUGCAAAGAUUGCUCUGGACAUUCCUGUGUCUGCAGUGUAGCUGUUCCUGUGGAGUCAAGGAUCAGGGUGCUCAGAGCCUCCAAAUGGAGCUCAGCAGGUGCAGGGGACCCCAAAAACCUCAUUUCAUUGAUGUGGACAAAGGACCCACAGGGUUGGAAUAGUGAAAUAGAUCCCCUUUUAAGCUUUACCUUUUCCUGGGUGGGAGGCCAUGAUUGAAGUGACUGGGACACUACAGGAGACAGGGGACCUGGGCAUCAACUAGUAAUGGGGAGACUAGAAGGUUAACUUCAGAGCUGGGCAUGGGCUUUGGAACACUCAGCCUGGCCCCUGUGGUCUUAUGGAUUCAAGAGUAGUUUCCUGUUAUAAGGGCCCCUCUGACAUGGUGAAGGGGGCUUGGCAGAAUUACUGUGGCAUAAGGGAGUUCCCCUGCACACUGCCCCACAACUCUCAAGAGAAGUCCAUGUAAAGAGUCCCUCUGCCCACCAGGACUUGUGAAUACAGACCAGUGACAGGAGGUCUGCUCUUGACUCUGGAGACUAAUUUUGGAGUGAAGAACCCAAGGUCAGUUCCCAGCGCAGCAUAGUCAUGCUGGGCUAGGAGUGGCUUCCAGAAGGGCUGCAGAUUCCCAACUCAUCUCUGUGUAGGGGCAAAGCAGAAGUCAGCAGAGAUGCCCCCAAGUAUUUAAUCUGUCAUGGGCAUGCUUCCAUUAAAGUCAAAGCAGUGCUACCUACA